AUGUCUCCGUUGAGCUCGAGUACACUCUCAAGUAAUCCACUAGAGGGUUCAGCCUCUGAAUCUGAUAGGCAGGGGCAGGGACAGGAAGGUGAGCGAACAAGGUCUUCAGGAAACAAUUUGCGCAAGGAAGCGACAAGAAUGAAUUUGAGGGCUGCAGGGAGACUGUUGUCCUUUUCCAGAAAGCCGCCAGCCUCAGGGGAUGGGCAGAAGGUGCCAACUUUCCCAUCGCGGAAGGACGUGUCUGUCGAACAUGUGGAUAAUGCAAAAGGAUCGCACCUGGGAUUGCGAGGUAGUGAGCCGGAAAGCAACGCUAGAAAGUUGGACGGCAGAGCAAACAAAUUCUUCUACUCUGAAAUCAGUUCUGAGCGCAUUCGAGCGAGCAAGACACUCAGGUCUGAAACGCACAUUAGAGUCCCUGUGAUCGCUAUGGCAGAGUAUUCCGGCCCAGUGUCUCGAACAAAAUGGUACAUUGACGGUUUUACUCUACCUCAUAAUGCUGUUCGACGGGAAUGCAUCGAUUUGUACGAGAUUCUGACGUCGAUGGCAAGAUGUAAGGGAACUGGCGAUAUUACCAGGGAUGACAUCAACGAUAUUGAGGACUGGUGGCAAACGGCAAGCUCGUUCUUCAACUGCUACUUUGAGAUGGAGAGAACGAUUCUGUUUCCGUGGGUGGAUGCGGCAGGGACAAGCGACGAAGAGGUGCAGCUUGCGCUUUCAAAAAUGCGAAGCUUGAAAGAUCGAUUGCAAGAACACCUUGUAAAGGUUGAUAACGUGUGGAAUGAGAAGCCGUUGAGCAGUCCCGAAGAAAUGUUUGCUCUAUUGUACAAGGCGGUUGAUUUGUUUGUUCCUCGGCUCAUGAACUACUUCGCCGAUCAAGAAGUGCUCCUUCCCACAAUAGUUAGGGGCUUCUACAAGCUUGAAGAUCGAACAAAAAUGGACAAAGAAAUGGUGAAUGUGUUCAUGGGCGGACCGCUGACUCGAAAGUCGAAGGAAGAGCAACACCAUAAUCUUAUUUUACUAAUCCGAUGGAUUGGAAACCCCAGACAGCUUCGGGCAUGGAUCGGGAAGAACCUGAACAGUAAUGCCCGUGCUCAAUACGGCAACUGGUACAAUCAAUACCAGGAGCAUCACUAUCGUUUCGUCAAAACGCUGAGGAACAGAAGCAAAGUAAUGCUUUCUAUAGCACCGUAG